AUGGCGUUCAAGCUCCUGGCUUCCUUCGUCUCUCUCCUCGCGGCCCUUCAAGUCGCGAACGGUGCCGCGACCAAGAAGGUGACGUGCGCCUCUGGCCAGGUCACCUCGAACGCGGCAUGCUGUGCCCUCUUCCCCGUGAUCGACGACAUCCAGGCAAACAUGUUCGACGGCGGCGAGUGCAACGAGGACGUGCACGAGUCCCUUCGCCUCACCUUCCACGACGCCAUCGGCAUCUCUCGCAAGGCCAACAAGGCGGGCGUGUUCGGCGGUGGAGGCGCGGAUGGCUCGAUCGCCAUCUUCGCGGACAUCGAGACCAAUUUCCACGCAAACAACGGUGUCGACGAGAUUAUCGACACGCAGGCGCCGAUCAUCGCUCGCCACAACCUCACCACCGCCGACUUCAUUCAGUUCGCUGGUGCAAUCGGCGUGAGCAACUGCCCUGGCGCACCCCGUCUGGACGUCUUCCUCGGCCGUAAAGACGCGACUCAGCCCGCUCCCGACCUGACGGUGCCCGAGCCCUUCGACGACGUCAGCAAGAUCCUCGCGCGCUUCGACGACGCUGGCAAGUUCAGCUCUGACGAGGUCGUCGCCCUGCUCGUCUCGCACACGAUCGCCGCUGCCGACCACGUCGACCCGACCAUCCCUGGCACGCCAUUCGACUCGACCCCGGGCCUGUUCGACACCCAGUUCUUCAUCGAGACCCAGCUCCAAGGCACGCUCUUCCCCGGCAACGGCAGCAACCAGGGCGAGGUCAUGUCCCCGCUCCGCGGCGAGAUCCGUCUCCAGUCCGACUUCUUGCUCGCGCGCGACUCACGCACCGCCUGCGAGUGGCAGUCCUUCGUCAACAACCAGUACAAGCUCCAGUCCGCGUUCAAGGCCGCGUUCAGGAAGAUGACCAUCCUCGGAAGCAAGGAGCACAACCUCAUCGACUGCUCGGACGUCGUCCCGACCCCGCCCGCCCCCGCGAGCAAAGCGCACCUUCCGGCAGGCCUCACUCGCCAGGACGUCCAGCAGGCGUGCAACAAGAAGGCGUUCCCCACCCUCCCCACCGACCCCGGACCGGUCACCUCCGUCGCCCCUGUUCCCCCUUCUUAA